GUGUGGCCUCUUGAAUUUGCCUACAGUGCUGCCCCCUUCCUAACUUUUCAGGGUGGCACCCCUGGUUUUAACUAUGAAUUUAAAACUUUAAAUAGGGCGUUUUUUCAAGGAAAAUCACGCAAAAAGACUAGCGAAGGCGCAUCGCGGCGCGGGAAUUCAAAACGAGAUUUCAAACAUGGCGUAUGGCACAGUAAAUGUUAGGACUCUUGUUUAUGGCGUAGGACUAGCUCUACUUGGUGUUUUCAGCCUCUUUAUCUACAAAUUUUCUAAGGAGCAAGAAAAGGAAGAAAAAUCUGGUGAAGAAAAAGAUGAGACGCAAGGCGUUAACAAUGGAGAAAUGCAGUUUCGAACAUUGAUGAAUCUUUUGGAUACUCAAGAUGAAAAGUCAAUACUGAGUGCCUUAAACAAGCUUGGAAAUCUUACAGCUUUUAAAGAGUUCCAAGUUCUGGUAAGGGAGUAUGGUGGCCUGGUAAAGAUUCCUUUGUUGACAAAAUCCAGAUCGCAAGAAAUAAAAGCUCAGGCAUUAAAUGUUAUCAACAAUUUGGCCAUGGAUAUGGAAAAUCAAUCUAUCUUAAAGGAACUGAUACCUGACGUGGUUGGCCUGUUACGUCAUGAUCAAUGUUCUUCUGCCAUGGUCAUUUUAGCAGCAGCUCGAGUUCUCACAAACUUAACAACGCUGGACGAGAAUCACAGUCUGUUGUUGCCCCAUUUGCAGGUUUUGCUGGAAAUUCUCCGCAUUUCCGAGUUACCUGUCAAGCUUCAAGUUUUAAAGAUUCUUGUCAACAUUUCUACAAACAACAACAUUGUGGAAAAUGAGCUAGAGACAGACAUACAGAUUAUUCGAGCGGUUUCUGACGUUUUAGGGGUGACAUGGGAUGAAGAGAUUCUUCUCCGCACUGUCACUUGUCUAGCGAAUAUUCUGGCAGCUCUUCGACUGCGUUGGCAAAAUAAAAGCAAAUCGCGAAUUCGCACAGCUGAGUUUGUCUCAGAGGAAAUGGUUCAGAAUCUUGAGGAGCUUCAGCAGCACAAAAACGAGGAUAUUGUCUCGCACACUGGUAGAGCACUAGCAGCACUGCAGCUGCCAGCAGAAGACAGAGCCAACACAUCGAUCAGUAAUGUUGAUAUGAUCGAAAUACUGCGACUGUGACAAACCGUUGUGCGUUAGGAUUUGUUUAGGCCAGUUGUGCAAUAAUGUUAAGAUUUCUCCUGGUUAUCCCAGAGAUCUAAGAUUUUUGUUGUUGUUGUAAAUUCACUGUACGUUUUAUUCAUCGUUUUAAGAGAGAAUUAAAGAUUGGACUAAAACAUGUUUGUAAGUAAAUUAUUUUUGCUAAAUUUAAAUAAAGCGGAAAUUUGUGAAACCAUCAUAGCUGAAAAUAGAAUUGUUAGAUUUCACAUUCACAUGAUCUCACACCGACACUGAAGAAAUUGUUAUUGUAUAAUUAAGCUCUUACUUCAGUUUCUAUUAUCUUACAAUUUGCAUACAGACUUGUUUUUACGACCACAACUCAUUGCCAAGCGUAUUCAAAAUCAAAUGAAGAAUUAUUUGGUUGCUUGUAACAUUUUCAGACUGAAGCAUUAACAUACUGUAAUCAUUUUUUCCAAUAUUCCUAAUGCUAUAGGCCUUACAUAUUCCUUAAAAGUCGUCAUUCUAACUGUAGAAACUGUACUUCCACUGUUUUCAAGAUCAUGUCAAGAACCAAAUAAGAAUAACCAAUAUUUUUUGAAUAUAUAAUUUUCUAUCCAAGGUUGGCAGUUUUUCAAGGUUAUAUUUUUGCUUAAACGACGACUUUAGAAGUUCAACACCAGGUUAGUUCAGGAGUGAUAUAGACCUAAAGGCUUUUUAUCGAUUCAGGUCGUUUUUCCAAAAAGUUAGAGUCUUGAGAACAUAACGGUUCCACGGCUAUGAGCUGGAGGAAGGCUAUCCAAUGAUACAGUAGUUGAGGGGGGCCAAUGCAUGACCUCACAAGAGUGUAUAAGGUGAGUGGAAAUGCCUUUGUUCUUUGAACUUUUCUUUUUUUAACAAACCGUAAAGAGCAAGCAACAGAUGUUUUUAAUUAAUAUCCAUUUCUAAGAAACUUUUAUUCAAAGCAUGCAAGGAAGUUUUUAAGGAAGGCAGACAGGGCAAAAUUUCACUUGAAGGAAGGUUGAGGCUUUUCCUGAGCACUGCAAAAAGUAUUACAAUAAAAGCUUUUCUUCUCUAUCUAAAGCCUUUCAUUUCCUUUCUAUGGCCAGUAAUGAUUUUGUAGCUCAUUCGUUAUACGAUAUACCGAUUUCUAGAUUUCAUCAUUUCAUCAUAUAAAUGGUUUCUUAAAAUAUUAAUAUUUCAUUAAAAAAGCCUUUACCAUUGCAUUUCGGCACCAAUUUUCAUAGCACCAAUUAUUAACAUUUGUUUUUAGCUAAAACAUCGGUUUCAAUUUUCAAUGAUAUAAACC